CUUUGACAAGUUGGCAGCGCCUCGCUGGAUUCUAAUUUUAAAAACAAUAAGUUAUUAAACAAAUGCGAUUUUAGCAUUAAACUUACGCAAAAUGCAAGAGUUUUCGGCCAAACGCGAUGCCCUAUUCGCGUGCCUAGACGAUGCCAGCAAAGAGCUGAGGGGCACGGCCCUGGACCAGAGCAAGGCCAGGCCGUACUCCAUCAAUGCUCUCGACCGGGGAAGUGAAUCCGGAAAUGCGUCCGGAUCCGGACAGGUGAUGAACUACCGCCACGGACGCAGCAUUGAGGCAGGCCUCGAACCGACGGACGGCAGUUUGCGACGAAUGCGCGGCAAAGAGAGCAUUUUCAAGAAGCCCGAGCUGCCCAUCGGUCGGUGUUUAAAGCCUCGAAACACGCCGGAUUACCAGAUAAAUCCCCACAAGUGGAAGAAGUACUCCCUGGCCGACGUCGAUAUCUCCGAUCAAAGCAACUCGGCAGCCGCUUUGUCUUUUCUCCGGGAAAUGGAUUCCCAGCGGGAAGCUGAGGGAGCUGGCAUGGAUUCCCAGGAUGCCGGCGGCAAGAUUGAGUUCAAGAAGACCAGCAAACUCAAUCGCAAUCUCAAGAAGUUGCAGGCGGAGGAAGUAAACGAUGUGGAGCUGGACAAGCCCCAGUUAAGAGGCUCCAAACUGGUGAUGCCCGAGUAUGUUAUAGGCCAAAAGGCGCAGAAACAAAAGAAAUCCAAGCCCAAGUCAAAUCAAAGUCGUGCCGCGGGGAAACUCCAGCUUUCUCACUUGGCCGAGGAAGACGAACUGGAUGAAUAGCCUAUAGAUUUUAGGCUUACUCUUAUUUUAGUCUUAGUAGUUAAUAUUUAAGAGUGUAAAUAGAACACAAUUCUUUUCAGCUUAUUAAAACACCAAGGUUUUGUCUAAAAA